AUGAAAAUGUUAACAGGACAACAAGAUGCGACUUCACAGCUUUCCUCCCCGCCAACCAACGAGAACGCUGCUUACCAGUGGACAGGAACUGAGAAUGUAACCCAGGGCCAAACACAAUACGGCUACAGCUACCACCACAUUGACCAUAGAACUGAAAACCAGUGUGCCCAAACAGCCUGUAUGGAUGAACAUGGUUCUGAGUUUCAAUAUACAGCUGAAAGCCAGUAUGGAGAUGACUCCAACUCCAUGUUCGCCUAUGAACUCCAGUCCUCUCAGUAUCAAGCUGAUGGCCAGAGUCGGAAUGAGACUUACGAGUUUGACGGACAGCCUUUCUACCAAUCAAAUGUCCACCCUGAGAGGGAAGAUCAUGCGCUGUAUAUGCCAGAGGAAAAUAUUUACUCUCUCCCAUCAAGACACUCCCAACAGGGAGACGGUGCAUCGGGGAUUAUGAUGAAGACGGCCUCCAGUGAGGAGGCUGCUGAGGAGAUGGAUAACAGAGAAGAUGCACCAUCCUCAGCUGAUGUGUCAGGGGGCUCCAAUCAGAGGAGAAAGUUGACAGCUCCACCAAUGAAUGUGUCACUGGACCGCAGUGAGGGGUCUCUUCUCUCAGAAGAUGCCCUGGACACUGAGGACGAUGCCUUGGAUACUGGAGAUGACCUGGAUGUCAAUGUAGACGAGCUGGACAGUCCUGAUGAGGCAGACGAGCUGGAGUUCAACAGACACGGUGACUCAGAAGAGUCAAAUAUGGAUGCAGGAGCAGCAUCAGGUGAUGCGAUUGCAGCACACAGAGCAGCUGAGGAGAGCAGGGAAAACCGUCUGUGGAGGAGUGUGGUGAUCGGAGAGCAGGAGCAUCGCAUUGACAUGAAGUGCAUUGAGCCAUACAAAAGAGUCAUUUCUCAUGGAGGUUAUUAUGCUGAACAAAAUGCCAUCAUCGUGUUUGCAGCAUGCUUCCUACCAGACAGCGACUUUGACAAUUACAAUUAUGUAAUGGAAAACCUUUUUCUGUAUGUAAUAAGUACGUUGGAACUAAUGGUGGCAGAAGAUUACAUGAUUGUUUACCUGAAUGGUGCCACACCUCGCAGAAGGAUGCCGGGCUUUACCUGGAUGAAAAAGUGCUACCAAAUGAUAGACAGAAGACUGAAGAAAAAUCUUAAGAUGUUCAUCAUUGUCCAUCCUUCCUGGUUCAUAAGGACUCUGCUGGGAAUCACCAGACCCUUCAUAAGCUCCAAGUUCAGCAGCAAGAUAAAGUAUGUGAACAGUCUGCGAGAGCUUGGAGAAAUCAUCCCAAUGGAGUACGUCCACAUUCCCCCCAGCAUUGUAAAAGCCGACAAGAAGGGGAACUCUUUUGUCUGACAGUAAAAGAUCCCGGACUGCUGCCCGUCUUCUCCCUGCAUUAUGCUGUACUCUGCUAUGGCAUAUUUGAAUAUAAGCUAGUCGGCAGCAUGACAUGUACGGCACAUAGUUGUUACAACAACAACUAGAAAAUGGUUAGAAAAGGAAGAUGCUGUGGUACAAAACAUCAGGCAGCUGCUUGUUCAUUGAGCAGAGUACCAACCUGAGGGUGCUGGACAUAAUACUGUAUUUACAGUGCAGAGACUGUCACUGUGCUGAAGGGAAGAUGCUUUAUCCUGUAUUACUGUACAUCACACAGCACUUGAUUGUGUUACACAUUCUGUAGCUUUUAUUUCCUUUGUCUUAAUCUUUAAUUAACACAACUUGUAUUAUUAUGUCAUUUACUUUGGAGAAAUUACUAACAGGCUUAUUUUUAAUUCAUGUAUUAAUCUACCCUGCCAGUUGCCAUCUGUACCUUUUGUAAACCAUGGUAAUAAUAAGUGUGGAUUCCUCGAAGACGUAGAAAGGCUUAUGACUUUUACCUUAUUACCAAACACAUGAAAAGACAAGUUUUAUUACCUCCCAUCUGUUCACAAAUAAACACGUAUUUUGCUUUGGCAAUUGGUUAUUGGUGUGGACUGUAACGUUAAGGGAUACUCUAUUCAGACCAUAGUUUUAGGUAUUAAAGGUUUACAAAAAAGAUGAUCCAAUCACAAAAAAAGUAUUUGUACUGUAAAUGUCUGGUAUGUUUGUAAUGGCAUGAAACAAAUGGUCAAACUGUUGUAUGAAUAGUUUACAAUUGUUCAGAUGGCUCCUGUCACAGUGAGUUUUAUAUUAUUCCACCAUCCCACUCAACAUCUCUGGAAACUUCUAAAAGGCUGUCUCUAGGCUGUUCCACUAACACUGUCACUGUGAAAGUACUUGCACUCUUAAAGGUAGCAAAAUAGCAGGGAUCUAUGAUUGCCCUUAAAGUUCAGUGCACUGCAAACUCAAUUAAACACAUGCAGAAAGACAAAACAAAAGAAAACUCAGAAACAUAACACAUAAGCUCCAAAUACAGAACCAUUCUGCAAAAACAGAACACAAAAGCAAUUGCAUAGAUGCUAUAUAUAAAGAACAUAGGCAAAUAUAGAAUGCAGAUUUCACAAAGUUCUCUGUAUAUGCAAUGUGAUUCUGUAUUUACUUUAGUUUGUCUAUAAGUUGCAGUGCGUUUAGCUCUCGGGGCCAUCGUAGCUGCAGUAACGUAUUGCAUGCUUUCAAUUGCUAGUUUGAGUGUGUGUGUGUGUGUGUGUGUGUGUGUGUGUGUGUGUGUGUGUGUGUGUGUGUGUGUGUG